UACAAUACAAUUCAUCAGUUUGCUUUCAGCACUCGUAAAGGACAGUUAGCUCGAUGCGUCGUUUUCUUGCGUGUGUGUAAAGUGAGCGUGAAAUUUAAGGACAUGAGGUUGCUGUGUUUAGUCGGCGUGCUCACCUUGUUGGCGGCAAAUUCAUUAUCUCAAGAUCCACUGGAGCAUUUUAGCUCGAGGUGCUGUCCGAUCGGCGAGUACCUCGGACACGACAAUACAAAAUGCGUUCGAGCGGAUGAGACAGAGACCGGGACAAAAAUUUACAGACCGGAUUGCAACCACGGAAUGUAUUUAUUGAACCCAAACGUCAACUUGGAAGACUUAUUUACCGAGAGAAGUGAAACGGGGGAUCUGGAGCUUUUGGAGCUUCUGUCCGAAGAGGUCGACGACCCGGUCAUGAAUGGGACAUGGUGUGCCGCAAACCCGCUUCCCAGGCUUGGCAAUUUGACAGUGGCUCUCGUGUGUUUCGAGGAUGAAACUGAAUACUCAUCUGGAGCAGUCCACGUUGUUUACGGAAUUUGCAUUUUCAUUUCGUGCAUUUUUUUCGCACUGACCCUGGCAGUUUACGUCGUUCUGCCCGAACUGCGGGACACACAAGGCCUCUGUCUGAUGGCAAACAUCCUCAGCUUGAUCUUUGGCUAUUUUAUGCUGUCCAUUAUACAACUAUUUGGCGAAAGCAUGGACGACGAUGCUUGCGUCUUUUCAGCGUUCUUUUUGUAUUACUGGCUGUUGUCUGCCUUCUUUUGGCUCGGCGUUGUCUCUUUCAACGUCUGGAGGAAUAUUGUGAAUUCGUCCCGAGGCUGCUGCAAUCCAAGUGGUAAACGCAAGUUCAUCGCCUACACACUCUACGGAUGGGGAGGUCCGCUAAUUUUGCUUUUGGUGAUCGUCGCGGCCCAUUAUGCGCCCGAAGACUACAAGUCCCUUUACAGACCUAGAUUUGGCCAUAGCAGUUGCUGGUUCCACGGCCCCGAGGAGACGUGGCUUUACUUCUACGGGCCCAUUUCCCUGAUAAUUUGUGCAAACAUUUACUUCUUCGUUUCUUCUGCCCUGCACAUUUGGCGCAUCCAAGACGGCAACAACGGAACGCAAUUCCAAUCGAGAAGGUUCAAAUGGAUGCUUUACCUGAAACUGUUCAUUGUCAUGGGCAUAACCUGGAUUUUCGAGGUGGCCUCGUUCGCCGAGGGCAGCAAGUCUUGGUUUUGGUACAUAACGGACGUCCUGAACUGUCUUCAGGGACUUUUCUUCUUCCUCAUUUUGAUUUGCCGGCAGCGAGUGCUGCGAAUUAUUUGCGCGCGGCCUUGGGGCUACAAAAUGUUCGGCGAUCGCUUCCAAGGCACGCCCGAAGAGCUCGACUCGGACAACGAGGUGGUGGACAACGCCGAAGUCGCCGAACUUGCAAACUCCGCCGUGAAAUGAGUUGGAAAUUCUGCGAUUCAAUCAAUGUCAACUGAGUCAGUCGAGCGCGUUUGUGCGGCAAAUAGAGCUUAUCUGGGCCCAUAUUGAAAGAGCCUCCAUAAUAUUAUGAGAUUAUAGCGAAUCUAGGUCGCACAAGUUAUUAUAUGCAGCAGAAAUGAUGUUCAUUUAGUUCAGGAAAUUACUACCAAGUAUUAAACUCAUUAAACUGUGUGAAAGAGAAAUUAGAAUUAAUUCAAAUAUAUAUAUAUAUAUAUAUAUAUAUAUAUAUAUAUAUUUUAAAUAAUAUCUGCUGUGAUUUCGGAGCCUUAAGCUGGAAUUAGUGCUGCCAUGACGCAGGACAUUUUAAUCCACAACUGCACUUCAAAAGCUCCUGCGCGAUUCACCUUUGCAUAAAUUUCCCCCGGACAACAAAUUCGAGGUCUUGGUCGUUCAACGGAACCGCGCGUUGGUGCAGUCAAAUUAAUGCUAAGUCUUGAAAUGCUCGUUCCUCUUUUAGUGUUAAAUGUGCCGCGGGUUUCCCUGAACCUUUGUUUGCGUCACGACUAGUGUGCUGCGUCAUUAGUGUUGCUACUUGAUAGGAUCGUAACAAAAAAACUUCUUACAGCAGUGUCGGAAUCUCACUCUCGUGUCGAGUAAAAUUUUUUGAAUAAAAAUACUUGUGAAUUAUUUAGUAAAAUGUGUGCUUUUCACAGUGGGAGCUGCCGUUCCUCUUUCAGCCCGUCCGACCAGUUUGAAACCUGAUUUUAUCGAGUGUCUCUGACCUUCCUUGAAUGACGUCAAUGGUUUUAAGGUUCAAUCCUGUUGUGUCGGUUAUAAAUGUUAUAAUGACGAAGGAGCUCCAUUACUGGGCACACCGAAAUUUCCAAACCGAGUAAAUUAAAAUUCCUACAGUGGCGAUUUAAAAAUAAAAUCUGUGUCAUGCCUUGACACCCAUACAAAAUAUGAUUGUAUUUCUCUUCGCUGCGCUUGAUGAUGCGAAAUAAUUUUAAUAUUCUGCGACUCAUUUUUUUUUUUACUUAGGCCAAAAGCAAUCAAUUUUAUUUAGAGUUGUUAAAAUUUGAUUGUUUCAUUGUACUAAGCAUAUCAAAGAAGAGAUGACAUCUUUCUAGGAAAAAGAUAGUGAUAUUUUUUCCUUCAUUCUUGGCCGAAUAAAAAUGAUAUUUAUCAUCAUUAUUGGAA